AUGGAGAAACUGACAAAUACAAUUAAUAAAAGGGAGAAUCUAGAUAGUAGAUGGAAAUUAACAAGAUCAAAUGCAGCUGCAGUAACUCCAGGUUUCCCAUGCAACCCGGAAGACAUUGUCAUAGUUUCUGCUCUGAGAACGCCUAUUGGAAAAGCAAAAAGGGGUUCAUUCAAAGAUACCUAUCCAGAUGAUCUACUAGCUACAGUAUUUCAAGCUGUUAUCAAUGAUGUCAAGUUAGCACCAGCAGAUAUUGGAGAUAUUUGUAUUGGUAGGUCAUACAAAAUCCCAGGAAUUCAAGCAGCAGCAACUGCCAGAUUUGCUCAGUUCUAUAGCAACAUUCCUGAAACGGUGCCAAUCUUUACUACAAACAGACAAUGUUCUUCUGGGUUACAAGCAGUUUUGAAUGUAGCAGGUUUUAUAAGAAAUGGUGUAUGUAAUAUUGGUCUGGCAGGAGGUUUUGAGUCCAUGACUCAGAGUAAAAACAGUGCCGAUGGCGUGAACCCAAAGGUAUUUGAGGUAGAAAAAGCUAGAGAUUGUCUCAUUCCUAUGGGGAUAACAUCUGAAAAUGUAGCAAAUAAAUUUGGAAUUUCCAGACAGAAGCAAGAUGAAUUUGCUCUAGAAUCACAGAAAAGAGCCAGUGAGGCACAAAGACUGGGAUAUUUCCAAGAUGAAAUUGUUCCUGUUACUACAACUAUCACUAAUAAAGAGGGUCAAGAACAAACUAUCAGAGUUACAAAAGAUGAUGGAAUUCGACCAACCACCUUACAAGGUUUAUCAAAAUUAAGACCAGCAUUUCAAGAAAACGGAACAACGACAGCUGGUAAUUCAAGUCAAGUAAGUGAUGGUGCUGCAGCUGUAUUGGUUGCUAAGCGAUCAGAAGCUGAGAGAAGAGGUUGGCCUGUACUGGGAGUGUUAAGAUCGUUUGCAGUGGCUGGUUGUCCACCUGAUAUCAUGGGUAUAGGACCUGCUGUAGCUAUACCUUUAGCCUUAAAAAAAGCAGGUUUAAGAAUAGAUGAUAUAGAAAUUUAUGAGAUAAAUGAAGCAUUUGCUAGUCAGGCUGUAUAUUGUGUGGAAAAGUUAGGUAUCAAUCCAAUCAAAGUGAACCCUAAAGGUGGUGCCAUUGCUCUUGGUCAUCCAUUAGGUUGCACUGGAUCUCGCCAGAUAGCUACCCUUCUUCAUGAACUGAAAAGACGUGGAAAAAGGUCACUAGGAGUGGUAUCUAUGUGUAUUGGAACUGGUAUGGGAGCUGCUGCUGUUUUUGAAUAUCCUGGACCAACUGCUGUUAAAAGUCACCUAUAA